GGCGUGUGAACGGUGCCGCUGACUGACUGGGGCUGCUGCCUCAAACACACAACACUGUCUUUCAGCCGUCGAAGAAGAGUUCCUGUACACGAAAACGAAUAAAAGUGCCAAAAUGGGAAAUGGAUCGAUGAAGCUGAACCCUCUUAAGCAGGUCAGCGGCUCUGCCAAAUCCAAAAACAAUGGAGAAUCAAGCUCGGUUUCUCAAGUUCUCAGAGUUAGAGUGGAAGAAUUGGAGAAUCAACUAAAGAGGAAGGAUGAAGACAUGAAUGCCAAAGAGCUUCAGAUCAAACAUUUAGAGGAGCAGCUGGCCCAGCAGAGACAGACCAUCUCCGAGAUCUCUGACACUUUGAGGAACAAGUGUCUACAGCUCAACAAGCUCCAGGAUGCACUGAAGAAUCAAGGGGAGUUAUGUCUUCUGCCAUCACCUAUCAAAGAAAAGGUCAGUCAUUGUCUCACUGGCCUGUUCAGAGAUACCCUCAACAGAAGGAAAGGAGCAAAAGCUGGAGUUUCUGCAGAACCUUCAUCUAGAACGUAUGAUUCCAGUGGUAUACCAAAGUUCUACUUUGAGAGUGCACGAGUCUGGAAAGAACAAAGCGUAAAGAAGCUCCUCACAGAUGCUUUGAAUAAGAACCAGUAUCUGAGAAGACUUGAAGUGCAACAGGUGAAAGACAUGGUGGAAUGCAUGUAUGAGAGGACGUACCAUCAGGGAGAAUACGUCAUUAAACAAGGAGAGCUGGGAAACCACUUGUUUGUGCUUGCAGAUGGCAAACUAGAUGUCUAUCAGCACAACAAACUGCUCACAUCGAUAGCAGUCUGGACCACAUUUGGUGAAUUAGCCAUCUUGUACAAUUGCACCAGGACUGCCUCAGUCAAAGCUGCCAGCAAUGUGAAGACAUGGGCCCUCGAUCGAGAAGUCUUUCACAACAUCAUGCGGAUGACUGCCGAGGCUCGACACGAGCAAUACCGCAACUUCCUGAGGAGUGUUUCACUUCUUGCCAGUCUACCUGGGGACAAACUAACUAAGAUUGUGGACUGCUUAGAGGUGGAGUAUUAUAAUAAAGGAGACUACAUCAUCCGGGAGGGAGAAGAAGGAAACACCUUUUACAUAAUUGCCAACGGAAAGAUUAAAGUCACACAGAGCACACAGGAUCGUGAAGAGCCUCAGAUCAUCAACACCUUGGGGAAAGGGGAUUAUUUUGGAGAGAAGGCCCUCAUCAGCGAUGAUGUCAGGUCUGCGAAUAUAAUCGCAGAUGAGGAUGGUGUGGAAUGCCUUGUCAUUGAUCGAGAAACUUUCACUCAGACUGUUGGGACUUUUGAUGAGCUUAAAAAAUACCUCCAGAACUAUGUGGAGAAUUUAGCACGGGAUGAUAAGAAGAGAAAUGCUAAGAGGUCAGGAAGCUGCACUCCUCCCACACCAGUGUCACAUGAUAUGAUUGAGCUAAAAGAGAGAGAGAGCAACUUUGCAUCCACUAUACCCUUCAGUUGCCUCCAGGUUAUUGCCACGCUGGGAGUUGGAGGCUUUGGCAGAGUUGAACUGGUGAAAGUGAAGAAUGAGAAUGUGACGUUUGCUCUGAAAUGCAUCAAGAAACGACACAUCGUGGAUAACAGACAGGAAGAACACAUUUACUCCGAGAGGAGGAUCUUGCUUGAGACAAACUCUCCUUUCAUUGUGAAAAUGUACUGCACUUUCAAAGACAACAAGUAUGUGUACAUGCUGUUGGAGGCAUGUUUGGGUGGAGAGAUCUGGAGUCUUCUUAGAGACAGAGGCAGUUUUGAUGAAUACACUGCCAAGUUCUGUGUGGGCUGCGUAACAGAGGCCUUUGACUACCUCCACAACAAUGGGAUCAUAUACAGAGAUCUGAAGCCUGAGAAUCUCAUGCUGGACACAGAUGGAUACGUCAAGCUGGUGGAUUUUGGCUUUGCUAAGAAGCUCAAGUGUGGCCAGAGGACCUGGACGUUCUGUGGGACUCCAGAGUAUGUUGCACCUGAGAUCAUUCUCAAUAAAGGUCACGGUCUCAGUGUGGACUUCUGGUCUCUUGGAAUCCUGAUCUUUGAACUUCUCACAGGAAGCCCCCCCUUUACUGGCUCAGAUCAGAUGAUUAUAUACACAUUCAUUCUGAAAGGAAUUGAGAAGAUGGACUUCCCUAAAAAGAUCACCAAGAGGCCCGGUGACCUUAUUCGAAAGCUGUGCAGACAAAACCCUUCAGAGCGACUGGGGAAUUUGAAGAAUGGAAUAACUGAUAUUAAAAAACACAGAUGGUUCACAGGAUUUAGCUGGAGUGGUCUGAAAUCCAGAAGUCUGAUAUCACCACUUAAAAGAGAGGUCAAGGGACCCACUGACCACAGUUACUUUGACAGUUAUCCUCCUGAAGAAGAAAUCCCUCCAGAUGAAAUGUCGGGUUGGGACACAGACUUCUAACUGACCCCUCAGUGCACCCAUGUGUUCAAACAGUGUGAGUUAAACAAAACUCUUCUCCAACAUGCCAGCCUUUCUUCCAAGGAACCUCAGACCAUUAAGCCAACAGAAGCAGUGUAUGUGCCGCAACAAUGGACUCCUUGACCCGAGGUUGCUGUUAGUGCUGUGGGAGGCACAGCAGAGGAGGACAGACAUAAGAAGGGAAUUGUUUCACCGUGUUCAGAUGUACUCAUACAUUGUGAUGAUAAACAUUGCUGUAUUUGACCGAAACUGUACCACUGAGAUGUCAGCGCAGGAUCAGUCUGUGAGAAUGAUGUAGCCAGGGCAUCACAGAAGAUGGUGUGAAACCAUUGGUAAUAUUUACCUUUAGAAGUGCAGAAGGGUUAGUGGUUUGGCAGGAAGGUGAGAUGUUCCUUGUUUUAGAAGCGCUGUUGAUGUCAUGUAUUUGAGCUCCUGAAGGUAAUAACCACCUGUGACUGUGAAUGCCAUGAUGAAGUUUCAAAGGUUAACCUCAGCGGGUGACUGCCUGGCACUUCACUUUGUGCAAUUCAAGCAGGGAUAUGUGAAAAGUAGCAUUUUUAGUGACUUUUCCUAGAGCUCAUGUACUUCAGGUGACUGUAACCUCUGCACCUGAGCCAAAUAUGUUUGUGUUGCUUGCUUAUUUUAUCCUUGUGAAUAGGAAAAACGUGUGAGAAUUUAGAUUUUGUUUAGUCAUUCUACAAGCUGUUUUACAGUAAUUGUAUAUAUAAAUGUUAGCUGAAAUGUACAAUUUUGUUCCCAGUACAUUUCAAGUUCAGGCGUCAGUGCACACUAGUGAUUUGUAAAUGAGAAUAUCUAUUAAAUAAUGGAGUUUGAUGUUUGUGUGGUAACUUUCCAGACCUUAUUGACCCAUUAAGCCAUUUACAUAAUGUUCCAUGAUGCAACAGUCUCAACAUAUUUUUGA